AUGGGGCCCUAUAGGGGUGUGGGGGGGGCUGUGGGGGGCUCAUCCCGGAUCGAGGAGGCGUGCGACAUGUACGCGCGGGCCGCCAACAUGUUCAAGAUGGCCAAGAACUGGAGCGCCGCCGGGAAUGCCUUCUGCCAGGCGGCGCGGCUGCACCUGCAGCUGCAGAGCAAGCACGACGCCGCCACGAGCCUCGUGGACGCCGGCAACGCCUUCAAGAAGGCCGAUCCGCAAGAGGCCGUUAACUGUCUCGGCAGAGCCAUCGAGAUCUACACGGACAUGGGCCGCUUCACCAUAGCCGCCAAGCACCACAUCUCCAUCGCGGAGAUCUACGAGACGGAGCUCGUGGACAUCGAGAAGGCCAUCGCGCACUACGAGCAGGCUGCCGACUACUACCGGGGGGAAGAGUCCAACAGGUAGGAAGCGCCGCGUUCCCGCUGGGAAGCGGCCCUGGGAUGCAGGGGGCACCCAGCACUGGAUUUAGGGGCACAUUGCACACCCGUGGGCACGAGCGCCAUGGACAGCCCCCUGCUCAAGUACAGCGCCAAGGAGCACUUCUUCAGGGCGGCCCUGUGCCACUUCUGCGUGGACAUGCUCAACGCCAAGCUCGCCGUGCAGCGCUACGAGGAGAUGUUCCCGGCGUUCGGCGACUCCCGCGAGUGCAAGCUGCUCAAGAAGCUGCUGGACGCCCACGAGGAGCAGAACGUGGACGCCUACACGGAUGCCGUCAAGGAGUUCGACUCCAUCUCGCGCCUGGACCAGUGGCUGACGACGAUGCUGCUGCGCAUCAAGAAGAGCAUCCAGGGCGAGGAGGAGGAUCUGCGCUGACCCCCCGGCCCCCCAAAACCCCCGAGGGGGGGGUUGGGGCUGCGC